AUGGCAUUAACUUUUUAUCAUGAUAGUAGGUUACGACUUCAGCAACGAGUGGCGGAUCUUGACAAAUCAAAUUUGACGGCGAAGCCAAUGUUUGACGACCGGGACUUAGACUCGAGCGACAAAGACAGUUUAGAGAUGACGUACGACGUCGACCUCCCCACCUACUGUCUGGCCGUCAUUGACCAACACGACGACGAUUGGAAAUUUGAAAUUAAAACCAUUCGGACGCCGAAAAACGAAACUACCACAACGGAAGUCCCGUACAGCAUCGACGAGGAUCAGCUGAUCUUCCACGUGAUCGGGAUCUACAACGUCACGUGUACUGCCUAUUCCGGACCUACGAACAAGCGAAAGUCCCUUACAGUUAAUAAAAUGUUUGUUAUUGGAGCAAAGAAGUAUUAUGAUGCACUCAUGUAUGAGAACACGAGAAAAAUCGUCCUCCCACUCUUCUUCCUCGUCCUCAUCGCCAUGAUCGGGAUAGUUCUACUGAGUAGAUAUCAUUUUUGCAUUUUAAUUUGGCAUGAUGACCUAACGGGUAAAGACGUCUCCUACUUUUCUGCCGUGAUCGUGUUUAAAUGCAGAGAAGUCUCUGCCAUCUGUGAUACGCAAAGCCUAUGA